UAAACGUGUGCCAUAAUCUGUGAGCAUUGUCUCAGUAAACAGUAGAGCUUCAUGCCGACGAGUCUCGAGCUCCUCCAGCACCACUCCCGUCUUCACGUUUAUCUGGCGCGAGCAGAAUGGAAGUUAAAUGGCAGGUAAACGGACUUGUUUAGUGCGAAUCACGGGGACAGGAAUGUCCCAGAAAAAGGACGUGAACUCUUACCCAGAUGGGUACAGGGUCCUCAAUACCAGUGAACUACGGGAGCUCCUUCAAGAUGAAGACAAAAUGAAUCAGAUCGUGCGACUCAGUGAAAAGUUCCAGGAGCUACAGCUGGACAGAGAAACCCUGCUAGCGACCAAUCGGAGUCUCGCAGAAGAGAGCCUGUCACACCGCCCGCACCUUCAAAACGGCAAGCUCCGAUUGGCUGCAAAGUACAAGGAGCUGGCGGAGCUGACCGCGGCUUGCAGGGAAAAGCAAAGCAAACUUGAGUCCUUCACAGAGAAACACAGCCCUCACACCGCUCACAAUCUACUGCAGGAGGAGGUGACGCGUGCUGAGGAACAAUCUGAGGAGUUGCUGGAACGCUUCAUGGAGGGCCACGUACCCCUGGAGGAAUUUCUCGACUCUUUUCAAAGCCACAGGAAGACGUACCACAUCCGCCGCGCUCAAUCCGAGAAGCUCCAGGAGCUCCGCAGACCCGAGAGGAAGCAGAUGAAACGGGCAGAGGAGCAGAAAAAGGAAGAGGAGCAAAAGGAAUCACGCCCGAACGGCAUCAACGCUCAUGGACCUCCCCGCGUCUUCCAGCUUCGAUACGGCCUGACGCCGGCCAUCCUGUUACCCCUGUCUUCGUCCUCCGCAUCAGUUUUACCUCCUCUGGACUGCCGUUCUGGCCAUUCUCGUGCUUCGGGGCCCGGCGUCUCUCACUCGUGCCCGGGACAACCCGUCGGCCUUCGAGUUAUCGGACAGUUACCCGGCUGGCCCGUGAGACCGGUCCGACUGCAGCAACUGUACAGGCCCAGUCCCCAUCAACCCGAACCUCCGUGCCGAUAACACUGAGCGCUGCGAGUUCGGCACGACGGCAAGUUCAGCUGCGCCAGCAACUUACACAAAGACCACGUGAAGCCUUCAUUAAGUCGAUGUAUAUGAUGCUGCCAUUAAAAUCAGUCAUGUACCCCAAAUUUAGGAGAAGGGAAAGCCAUAAAGUAUUUGUUAAUGUUGCUCGUCAUUGUUGCUCGUCGGUUUGAUUUCUUUGUUUUGUAUAUGUGUCCGUUUGGUUCGUACGUGGCAAGUGUUUAGCUGCUGUUUGUGUGAGGGAAGUGCCACUGCUUUUGACUGGAUGAGGGCUGCCGAAAUGGCACCUUUUUGUAAUGUCGAUGGUGUUCAAUAAAGUCUAAUCUUGUUGUUUAUUUUAAACCAA